AUGUGCUGGAUGAUUUGGCGUCACGCAGACUGGCCGGAUACACUCUUGAGUAUUUGCGGCCAUGGGUAUGACUCGUGGAGAAAGUCGCUCAUCCAAGCGGCCAAGACUGUAGGACUGGACGGUCAAUUGAUCGGCAACAACGAGAGACAUGCACCUGUCGGCAACCCGAACGUGCCAAGCUCGGAGCUAUACCGCCUCCAAUACACCAGCGACGAGGUCCAGAGGGGCCUCCAAGCGUUCCACUUUGUGACCACUACCAUCGUCAUCGUCAAUGAAGCCGACAAGGCGAUCGCGAGCAAAUGCGAGACCGCAAAAGAGAUCCUCACGGAACUCGACAAAAUCUACGAUCCGGAAUCGCAGGGCUCGAAACAAGCCCUCAUGAAGCAAAUGUUCAACGCCACGAUCCCCACACACAGCAGCAGAAACCCCAUCGAGCACCUGUACUCGCUCGAGCUGCUGGCCGAGAUCGUCAGAAUCGUGAGCACGGUGCACGCGAGCCUUCCUGAGGGGAGGAAGGCCUCGAAGGGCCAGCGGAGGGCGGACCACGCUCUCCUCGCGAGCGACGGUAGCGGUGGGGCAGGAGCGCCGGGCCGCGGCAACGGCGGCCGCCGCAAGGGUGGCGGCGGCGGCAGCGGCGGCGGCGGCGGCAGCGGCGGCGGCGGCAACCAGAUGGGGAGAGGAAGUGGCGCGAAGGCUGGUGGCGGCGGUGGAGGCGGCGACGGCGAUGCGGGUAGCAUGCGCGGUUGCUGUUUCGGGUGCGGCAAGAAGGGCCACCAGGUGACCGACUGCAACGAGAGCAAGCCCGUGCGAUGUGAGACAUGCAAGGGCUACGGGCACGACAAGAGCAAGAGCCCAACCGAGGGGGCGGUGCUCGUGGUGGAAGUGCCGGCGGGGGGGGCGUCUAACAACGCCACAACACUGGACGUGGCAGAAGAUUUGCAGAUGGUCGGUGGCAUCUCAGGCGAGUGUCACAAAGUCGUUGGUCGAGGGGGUGUAGAGCAGGCUAGGCGGGACCUGUUGUUGAAACGGGUUGCACACGUUCCCCGACUAGACUACAACCUAGUAUCUCUCACUUCCCUCUUCGACGACGGGUUCGAAACCAACACCCUCAAUAAACACGAGUUGGAGUUGGAGAGAAGGGGGGGGGAGGUGGUGUACUUCCCCCGAUGCGGUAACCUGUACGUCCAAAACGGUUUCCGCACACACACCGAACAUGCCUAUGCCGCAAUUGCUCCUGGCAACGCGAAAGCGUCCAGCGCCCCCGCUGACAUCAACGAUUUCCACUGCGCGCACGGCCACUCCCACGAGGUGCUGCUGAAGACCACGGCGAAGCAGCAAGGGACGACGCUGGUGGGCGAGCUCCGGGAGUGCCUGGGGGGCUCGACGGCGAAGGGGCUUUCCAAGCCCAUCCCCAACAAGAAGUCGACCCGAGCUGCUAAGAAACUGCAGCGAGUUUUCGUGGAUUUGAGUGGACUUGCGGUAGCAAGCGAGAAGGGCAUGAGCGUCAAUCACUGUGAUGUGAAGCAGGCGUACACACACGCCACGCUAGACGAGCAGGACCGAAGCGAGAUGACGAGAAGCAUGAUGUGGGUGUCAACGUUCUCGCGUCCAGACGUCUCGUUCGCCGUGCGUGCGGUGGCGCGCCACGCCCACGCCCCUGCGAAGAGGCACUGGGGUGCCAUACACAAGAUCCUCGGCUACUUGAUGGCGACGAGGGACCUCGGCAUCACCUACCAACGGGGAUCGGGGUUAGGGCUGGCCGUGUACGUAGACGCUAGGUACGCCGACACGGAGGAUAGGCGUUCGGUGUCAGGGUUGGCGACGACGGUUGGAUGUAUCGUAGUCAGCCAUGGUAGCAAGACACAGAGCAUCGUGUCUUUGUCUUCGACGAAAGCCGAGUACAUUGCUGCCGGGGAGGGCGUCAAGGAGGCGUUGUUUGAGCGUGCGACUGAAAUACUUUCUACAAACCUUGCUCGGGGCCCAAGCGCGGAGUUCUGGACACGUGCAAACGGCUUGAAGCUCCUAUGUGGCGCCGUGCUUGGCGGAAGUUUUCAAAUGUUUUCACAUGUCCUCGCUAUCGACGGCUUCCCGUCGUUUUUUGGCGGAGGACUUGACCAGGGACAUUGCCGGAAGCUCUUGGAAUUCGCCGCGGGUGGGGGAGGUGUGGAUAUUCUGCUGGCCCUUCUUGAAGUGGAUGGUCGUGUUCCGAUAGUGCGUGAAGUUGGCGGUCCGCACGCCCGUCCUUUCUCUGCUUUGUAUGUCGCGGCCAUCAAUGGGCGCCGGAGCUGCGUGAAGGUUCUCAUCGAGGUCGGGGCCGCGCUGGAGUACAGGUGGCUUAUGCAGGGCCAUCUCGGGUAUACUGCGCUGUCGGUCGCAGUACAAAAAGGCCACGAGGAGAUGGUGCGCGAACGUCUGGCUGCUGGAGCCUCAGUCUCCAAUACUGGAGAAUCCUUCAGGACACCCGAAGAAAAUAACAAAGCGCCGUUGGAACGACUUCCUCUCGCCGGAGCAAAAGUGGACUGCGUUGACCGAGGAGGGCGAUCGGCCCUACAUGUUACCUGCUUCUAUAACCACGAGGGUGCCGUGGAGGUGCUGUUGCGGCAUCAUGCCAGCACUUCGUUGCUUUGUGACGAAGGCCGUUCGCCGUGUGAUAUGGUGGCAGUAGAUGGACUCGAGACGCGGCAGGGAGGUGCGAUGGGACGGGCGCUGGGACGGUCAAUGGGAGGGACAACGCGAUUUCCUUGCACGUCAAACGCCGUGGAGACUUCAGUCGCUGACCGCAUUUGUGGCAUGUUGAGAAGCUCUAGCAUGUGGGGACGUCGGGGAUGGUUGGUGAUGAUGUGGGCUCGGCACCUUGAUACCACACAGGUUCUCGGUACCUCGAUGUCGCUGCUAUCGUUGUCUACUAGACGGUGGAAGGACGGGAAGAACGAAUCUCUUCACGACGGGUUGGCGACGGAGAACACCGAUUACGAUUGCGCGCCAGGAGGGCAGUGA